GAGGUCAGGUGUUUUCUGACUGCAUGUCGUCCUGUCCGGCCACAUGUGCGUCUCCCCGUCCUCCAGCGGCGGGUCAGUGUCGGGACGAGUGUGUGGGGGGCUGCGAGUGUCCUCAGGGUGUGUUUCUGCACGCGGGACAGUGUGUGAGACGGGACGACUGCCCCUGCUUCCACAGGCGACACUCCUACAGCGCAGGACACGCCAUCAGACAGAGAUGCAACACCUGUGUGUGUCGUGCCGGGCAGUGGGAGUGUUCUACAGAGAAGUGUGAAGCUCAGUGCUCUAUAUUAGGAGCCAUGCACAUCACCACCUUUGACCAGAAGAGAUACGGCCUGCAGACUGCAGACUGCCGACUUUGUGGAUGA